GAAUAAAAUUAGAUUGUCUUCGCUCAUUAAUGAAUUACUCAGAGAUGGAAAAUGAAACCAAUUGAAGGUUAUCAUGUUUAGUAAUUCAAAAUAUGAAGAUAAAUGGUUGAAAGUGGAUGAGGCACAAGUACAUCAAAAUCUUGAUCGACUAAUCAAACUAGAGGAAAAGGUAACCAAAAUAACAUGAUCAAUUAUUUUGUUUUCACAACAAUUGUAAACUGAAAACAUGAAAUUCAUGAACUGAUCUGAUAUCGAUUGAUUGUUGUAUUUUUAACAUGGAAAACGGUUGCUAUAAAUUCAAACAUUAUCCUUGAUAAAUGGUAAAUUAAGGAGAAACUUGAACUUGAUUACAAAACUCGUGGGUUUACAUUUAUGGUUAUUUGUGGUUAAGGACAUUUCAAUUUGGUCGGUUACUCAUGCUAAUUUGUUAAUAUGUGAAUUUGUUUCAAUUGACAAUUGCAGCAAUUCAAGAGUUAACUGUUUGGUUUAAGUUAAACAAUUAGAUCUGGUCAAACAAGCGGAAUAAAAGUCCAUUUGGUUGAUGAUUUAAUAGAUAAAAUGAAUGUAUACAGAAGAAGCAAAGGAACCGACAAAAUUGAAGGUUAACAAGAUGGGAAGAUGAUGAUGAUGAUGAUGGAAAUAGUGAGAAGUUUGAUUCAACAUUUAUUAAUUCAAUAAAAUUUGAAAGGAAACUGAAACUAUUGAGUAUCAUGUUGAACUAACACGCCUGAAUAACAAGUAAAAACAAAUAAUUGCAACAUUAAAAACCAGUAUCAAGUCGAGGUGAGACCAGAUGAAAUAAGAGGCUUAAUUGAACUGUAUUUUACUUUUCAACUAGUGUUUGGUUAAUUUUUAGUUGUGAUAAUAGAAACAAAUGAUGGACCAAGAACCUGAAGAAUCACAAUCAAAAGAUGAUCAGCAAAAUGUUCAACAUAUAGCUGAUAUAAUUGGAUCAUGGGGACCUUAUCAACGAAAAUUAAUGUUUCUCUUGAUUAUCUGCUAUUGGGCAGCUCCAUUCAAUAAUCAAAGUCUCCUCUAUUAUGUUAUCAAAAGUGACCUUUGGUGUGAAAAAUCAACUGGUUUUCGGGUUGCUAUUAAAUCUGAUACUUGUAGCUUCAAAGAUCUUGAAAAAUGUACUGCUUGGGGUCAUAAUAUUACCAGAACAACCGUAACCAAAGAGUGGAAUCUUGUCUGUGAAAAUUAUUGGCAGCGAUCAUUAGCAUUGUCAGCUUACCAAAUGGGCUAUUUAGUAUCUGGACCGUUUAUUGGUACAAUAUCCGAUAAAUUUGGACGUAAAAAUGCCAUAAUCGGCUGCAUAAUUAGUGAAAUAAUUUGCAGUAUACUCUUGUUUGUCUCAUCGUCCAUUGAAAUGUUCACGGUGGUCAGAAUUAUUCACGGCAUCGGAGGAUAUGGCAGAUAUCUAGCUUCAUUGGUUUUACUUGUUGAAAGUGUUGGACCAAGGAUCCGUGGACGAAUUGUUGUUAGCUUUGAUUGGAUCUGGUUUGGCGGUGAAUAUUUAAUGAUAUUGGUAACUUAUUUUGUUACCAACUUUAGACACAUCUUUUUGGGCUCAGCUAUUUUCCAAAUAUUUUGUGUCACUAUCGUUAUGCCCAAAGUCAAUGAAUCUCUUCGAUGGCAGUUGGUUAAUGGUCAAGAUGAAAGAGCGGAAAAGGUAUUGCGAGAGUAUUCAGUUAAACAGGGUAGAAUGGAUGAAGAAACAUUCCAAAUGAAGUACGAAGCUCUUCGAGACAAUGUCAAGUCCAGUUUACGGUCAAACAAGGCAAAGGAAACAAUUUUCACUUUGUAUCGCCAUCCAACCUUAUUGAAAUACUGUUGUGCCUUGUAUGUAAUGUGGUUCACUAUGGCUUUCACAUUAUUUGGAUUAACUUAUACAUCACUCGAUUUGUCUGGAAAUAUAUUCCUCAAUAAUGCUAUAUUUGCCAUUUCUGGUGUUUCAGCGCUCACAUUCAUGACCUGGAAAGUUGAAUCCUUUAAACGACGACCAUUGGUUCUUACUUUAUGCUUAGCAACCUCGAUGUGCUUAUUUUCAAUAAUCCCAUUAGCCACUUCAUCAAGAGAUGUUGUUCCAAGAACAGUUCUCAUCACGGUUGGAAAAUUUUUCGCCUCGUCAACCUUUCUUUUGAUGUACGUCUAUUCACCUGAAGUUUUUCCAACAUCAAUACGACAUCUUGGAGUAGGAACCUGUUCAACAGCAGCAAGAAUCGCCACAAUAUCAGCUCCAUUUGUAGCACAAUUGACUGCCAAAGCUGAUCUAAGAUACACAUUUGGGUUGUUUGCCUCUUUGGGUUUAAUUGGGGCUGCAGUUUCAUUUGUGUUACCAGAAACUAAGGAUAAAGAAAUUACUGAUACUGUUGAAGAAAUGAUUAGAAAUACUAAAACAGACGAUGAAAAAGAGAUGAUUGAACGAAGAAAGAACCAGCCAUAAAGGAUGAUCAGCUGAUGCACCAGAUAUUGUUGAAGCAUUGACUUUUCAACUUUUAGUUAUUCAAUUUAUUUCUAACAUUGUAAGUCAACCCAUUGAUCAUUUGCAUGACCAAGAUGGUUGAUUCUAUUAUUCGAGAAUUGUAAUCUUAUAACUUGAAACUUAACUCAACUGGAAUAAUGAAUGUUUCUUGGGGAACGCCAUUAAUUGACUGAAAAUUUAUGAUCAAUUAUUCAAAGAAUAAGUUAACCAUUGACUUAACCUUAUAAAUAUACAAAAAUUGUAGUUGAAUUGAAGUAAACAAUGGAUAGUGAAUUUAUAUUACCAAAACAUCAGAGUAAUGUACUCAUUUGAAUAAUGGUGAUAACAAUUGGAUUCAAAA